AGAGACGGGGUUUCACCGUGUUAGCCAGGAUGGUCUCGAUCUCCUGACCUCGUGAUCCGCCCAUCUCGGCCUCCCAAAGUGCUGGGAUUACAGGCUUGAGCCACCGCGCCCGGCCGAUUCAUUUUCACUAAACCACAAAGCAAAUGUUUUCCUAAAAAUCACCCGGUUAACAAAGUCUGUGUAUUUAAGCCAAAACAAUUUAACUGAACAUACGGGCCACACAUUCGUUUCAGGUCCCUGCUAAUAAGUCAGUCUGGAAAUUCACAGGUGUGCCCAUCCUGCCUUGGCUGCUGAAGUCCAGGUGUCUAGGGCUGACUGAUGCCCAUUAUGCCUCCCCUUCCCCAUCUUUGUCACAGGAUUUGAUGCACCAGCUCUCCUAAUGACUCUGUCCACCACAAUGCCAAGCCUGACCCUGGCCCUCCCAUAUGCUGUUCAGCCCAAGCGCGGAGAUUGGCUAUUAACCCUGUAAAUAGGCCUCUGACCCCCAGAGGCUGAUGGCUGGCCAGGGAAAGCUGAGCUGCUGACGCAGACUGGGAGGCAAGAGCCCACUUCCAGCAGCCAGGAUAGUUGUGUCUAAAUCCAUGACUGGGGAGGGGUUAGAGCCUUGAGGAACAAAAUUAUUCUACCAGCUGCUGAUGGCCCUGGGAGGCUGCACUGGCCCAACAGCUGGGCCCCUCUCAUGGGUCCGCUUCUUCGCCAGGAGAGAAGCCACUCCUGGGUAGGUACUGCCCCACCCAAACCCAGCCAUCUGGAGUGACCCAGCCCUGGUUCCCAGGUAUGUGGAUGUGGAUUGUCCCACCCAACCCACUCUAUAGUGAGCAAACAAGCCCUUUGGGACAGUGGUCACAGCCUCCCCUGUACCUCUGAACAGCCUGCCAGGCUCCCUACUCUUAGGCCUCCACUCUCCACCAGGGAAAGCCCUGAGCUGAGAGUUGGGGAACCCCCAGGCAUUUCCCCUGCCCAGGACGCUCUUUUGACGUCAGGGAGGGCUGUGAGGGCUUUCUAGGUCUCAAGAUGAGGAGCUUGAAGAUGCAGCCUGGCAAGUAAGAAGACGUCACUGGAGUCUGGGGGUGGAGCUGCCUGGUCUAUAAAUCCUGGGGCCAUCAGGCUAAGGUCCUGCAGCCGCCUGAAGGAGCCAUCUCAUCCACAGCUCUUCCUCGGUGAGUGGGGAGCCUUCCCUAAGGGCUGGGACACCUGGAUCGAGCUUCAUCCUGGGUCCAUGGUGUGCUGCUCCUCUUCCCCAUUCCCAAGCACCUCCACCCCUGAACCAUGCCAGAAAAGUCCCCUUUUCCUCUCCUCUCCGAAACAGCUCUACCAUCUAUUGUGCUUGCUGCCCCUGGCAUGGGAGGGAAUAAGGGGUAGAAGCAUUUGCCCCCAUCAACACCACACAUCCAUUCCACAUCCCCAACUACUAUGAAAGAGAUACAGCAGGCCACAGAGAAAAGGGCGGAAGGCCUGCCACUCUGUGGCCUAGCACUGGUGCUCCAGAUGCCCCUAUAUUGAGAACUCCCCUGACCAUCCAUCUAUCCUCCCAUCCAUUGGCCUGAAUUCAGGUCUCUGUUCCCCUCCAACUUUCUUCCACUUCUGGAAACUCCUUGAAGGAAGGAUGGAUGGGCUUGGACAAGUGGGAGGGCCCUCGGAGUUGGCAAGGCAGGUAGCCUCUGUGUCCCGGGCUCAGGGAGAAGGCUGGUCCCCUGGAGCAUCGUCCCCUGCUGGGCCAGGAUCCCCCAGGAUCUGGACCCCUGUGUGCUUGGGAUGAAGAGCCGUGGCAGAGAGGGAAGGGCAUAAGGAGAUACCAAAGCUGCCCCUGGGAUGCCAGUUUUCCAAGGUGGCCCUGUAGGAAGGGGGGUGGGAUGUAGGGGUGAGGUAAGGCUCCUUGAAUGCUGUACCCUGUCCAUUAGAGCAGCCAUGGCCAGUUCCAGGCGAGGCCUCCUCCUGCUCCUGAUGCUGCUGACUGCUCACCCUGGACCCUCAGAGGCUCAGCACUGGUCCCAUGGCUGGUACCCUGGAGGAAAGCGAGCCCUCAGCUCAGCCCAGGAUCCUCAGAAUGCCCUUAGGCCCCCAGCAGGCAGCCCAGCCCAGGCUACCUAUGGCCUCCCAAGUGAUGCCCUGGCUCACCUGGAAGACAGCAUGCCCUGGGAGGGCAGGACCAUGGCGUGGUGGUCCCUUCGCAGGAAGCGAUAUCUGGCACAGACACUACUGACGGCAGCCCGAGAGCCCCGCCCCGUCCCGCCGUCCUCCAAUAAAGUGUGAGGUUCUCCGAA